AUGUCCUAUGACCGCUACGUUGCCAUCUGCAAGCCCCUGCACUACGGGACCUUGAUGGACAGCAGAGCUCGUGCCAGCAUGGCAGCAGCUGCCUGGGGCACUGGGGUUCUCUAUUCCCUGCUGCACACUGCCAAUACAUUUUCCCUGCCUCUCUGCCAAGGCAAUGCUGUGGAUCAGUUGUUCUGUGAAAUCCCCCAGAUCCUCAAGCUCUCCUGCUCUGGUUCUUACCUCAGGGAAGUUGGACUUAUCGUAUUUAGUGCGUCUAUCUAUUUUGCUUGUUUUAUUUUCAUUGUUGUGUCCUACAUGCAGAUCUUCAGGGCCGUGCUGAGGAUGCCCUCUGAGCAGGGACGGCACAAAGCCUUCCCCACGUGCCUCCCUCACCUGGCCGUGGUCUCCCUGUUUCUCAGCAGUGCCACAUUUUCCCAUCUGAGGUCCCCAUCACUUUCCUCCCCAUCCCUGGACCUGGUGGUGUCAUUUCUGUACUCGGUGGUGCCUCCAACACUGAACCCCCUCAUCUACAGCAUGAGGAACCGGCAGCUCAAGGAUGCCCUCGAGAAUCUAUUUAUAUAUAUUUUUCUUCAGCAUUAA